AUGUCUCGGCCCGAAGACCUCCUUCCGCCCGAUCUCUACUACAACGACACCGAGUCGGCCAAAUACACAACGUCCUCGCGCAUCCAGGCCAUCCAGGCGUCCAUGACCAACCGCGCGCUCGAGCUUCUCGACCUCGACAAGGCGUCCUUCAUACUCGACAUCGGCUGUGGCUCUGGCCUCUCGGGCGAGAUCCUCUCUGAAGACGGCCACAUCUGGGUCGGCAUGGACAUAUCCCCGAGCAUGCUGGACAUCGCGCUGCAGCGCGAGAGCGUCGAAGGCGACCUCUUCCUCGCCGACAUGGGUCAGGGCAUCCCGUUCCGCGCGGGCGCGUUCGACGCGGCCAUCAGCAUCAGUGCCAUCCAGUGGCUGUGCAACGCCGAGACGAGCGGCGUGAGCCCCGAGGGCCGGCUCCGGAGGUUCUUCGACGGUCUCUACGCUUCGCUGCGCCGAGGCGGGCGCGCCGUGUGCCAGUUCUACCCGAAGAACGAGCAGCAGAGGACAAUGAUAAGCCAGGCCGCGGUGCGGGCCGGGUUUGGCGCCGGAAUCCUCGAGGACGACGGCGGCACCAAGAACGUCAAGACCUAUCUCGUGCUGAGUGUCGGCGGCGGCGACAUCACGGGGACCGUGUCGAGGAUGGACAAUGUGGACAUCGAAGACGGCCGCAAGAUGAGAGACGCCCUGCACCGGCGCAACGGACGCAAGGGCGAUGUCAAGGGCAGCAAACAGUGGGUCAUGAACAAGAAGGAAAAGAUGCGGAGUAAAGGGAAAAUCGUCAAGACAGACUCCAAGUACACUGGGAGAAGGCGAGGCCCCAAGUUUUGA